AUGCUACCCAGCCCCUUGCACACAAAACAUCUUCCCCCCCAAACCAUCACAUCACCCAAACAUCGCACCGUCACAUCCCCUCAACCAAGGACAUCCAAACCCGCGCGAAAACGUUACCAUCUUUCGCCACCAGACACACGCCGAUUCCAAAGCCGGUGUUGA